UAUUCAAAUUGACAAAUUCCACCUCUGCAAUGUUUACAUUCCUUCAUUAUCAACCCACGAUGUUGGUUUUUAAUCUAUUCCACACUCUACAGCAAAGUGUCGUACAUGAUGAUAAGAUGUUCUUUAAUCUUGUUGUUGCACUUGUUUUGUUGUACUUUAUAUUUUUAGAAAGCAAUGUCACAGAGAGACUUAAAGGAAGCAGCUAAAGGUUUGCCAGCAAAUUGGAAGGUGUUUUAUUCACAGAAAUCAAAUCGACUGUAUUACUUCAACGACAUCACUAAAAAAACUCAAUGGAAUCAUCCAAAUGCUGAUGGAAAGAAAGAUAAAGAAGGAACGACGGUAAAACGAAAAACAAACGAAUCUAACCAGGCAAGAUGUGAAUCAAUGGUGGAUUAUUUGAAAGGGGAGCAUAAGAUAAAUGAUAAAAGAAUUCGGAAGGCAACGAGGAAAAAAGUAAUGUUGUGCCUUCAAAGUCCUCCGUCAGUGAAAAAUUGAAAAUCCCUAUCAAAGAACGUGAUCCUCCUCAGAAAACGUCGGCAAAGCUCAACACAAUGGAAAAAUCAAAAGGGAAAAAUGCAACGAACGAAUUGAACGCGAAAGGUCAGAAAUCUACAAAAUAUAGUCGAGACAGCACCAGUAAUUUUCUCGCAAAGACUUUUUCAAGUAAGAACUCUAAACCAUCCAACUUAUUAAAACAUGGUACAGAUGAAUCAAAGCUGACAGUAUCUUCAUCAGAGAAAAUUUUAAAUCCGACGAUAGAUAUUGCAUUACCUAAACUCAAAUCAUUUUCAAGCUCUAUAAGUUUAGGAGAAGAUAGUGAUAGCGGAUUAUCCGAUUCAAGUGAUCGCAUUAUCGCAUGGCUUGCAGAUACGUCAAAGAUUGAUUUUAAAGAUCAUCCUGUACCAACGAUCCAGGCGAAUGUAUGUCCUGCAAACUCUAGUGUGAAAUCGUCGGAUUGCUCCAAAACUGAAGCAAAGCAAAAACCAGAAGCUGUCACGUGUGCUCGAGUUCCAUCAACUACUUUGGAUACUUCAAAGUGCGAAACUUCUACGAAAGAUAUGUUAUUACGAGGUCACACUUCUGUUUGUGCAAAACUCGCUAUGUACCCUACAAUAUUGUUACAAGUAAACACGUUACCGGUAAAUCAAAAAAUGCAACAAAAAACAAGGAAGAUUAUGUAUCAACUCAACAACAACAGCGUAAAAAUUAUUCAAAGUGAUAGUAGUAGAGUUGCAUUAGCCAAUCAGGACACGACAACAUUGAUACCAAAGAGAAACAUAUCGAAGAGCGGUAACGCCGUACCACGUGAAAAGAGUGAUUCGGCUGCGAAAAGUUUAAUUUCUACGGAAAAUCCUAAACGAUAUCAUGGAAAUACUUGGAGACGUUCACAGGAACAUUCCCUUCAAAAUGAUGUUGAUUUUAGUCAGGGAAAUGUUGCUUCGUCAUCGCAAUCUAGCGCUGUCAAACAUGGUUUGAAUGACGUCACAUCAGUUAGAGAUGACGUCAUAUCGAUGGAUGAAUGUGUCAGUAGUGACGUUUCAAUACCUUUGUCGACGAGUGACGUCGUUGAUAUGGACAUUGAUAAUGCAGAGAAUUUUGCAAAGGAAAUUGUACAGGAGUUAAAAGAAAUGAGAAAUAAUAUGGUUGUUAGACCUAGUAAGAUCCAAAAUAAUGAUAUGGAUCUUUGUUACUCAAAUGGCAGUUUUGAGGGGUCUUUAUAUAUUGUUCUUGACACUAAUGUCUUACUGUCACAUCUAAAAUUUGUCGUUGAAUUGAAAGACUAUCCUAUACCAGGGAUUGGUAUGCCGAUUUUGGUGAUUCCCUGGAUUGUCAUUCAAGAACUGGAUUCUCUUAAGGAAAAUCGAUGGAAAUGUCACGAAAGUGGUGACAAGUCGAACAGAGUGGAUUUUCUAGCUCGAAUUUCCAUCAAAUUUCUCAAUUGCUGCUUUCAAAAGGAAGAUCCAAGAGUACGAGGUCAAACAAUCAAAGAGGCUGCUGAGCCUGUUGGGACCUUAGCAGAAGAAACUAACGAUGACAAAAUACUGCAGUGUUGUUUGUUGUUUAAAGAGAGAGCAAAAAAUGGUUGUUGUGUUUUAUUUUCCAACGAUGUGAAUCUGUGUAACAAAGCAAUUAUGAAUGGAAUAAAGGCAUUUAAUUAUGAAAAAUUGCUUCCUGGCUUAAAAAAUCUCUUCCAGUGUACAGUGAUUGUCAAACAACACAACGAAGAGUACAACGCACAACUUGUCAUUGAAGAAGACAAAGCAAGACAACGACAAAAGGCAGACGAUAUAUUGUGUGAACUGCAAAUUAUUUUACGUGAAGGUUUAUCGUACAUCAUUGAAAGUGAAAUGAGAAAAGCCUAUGAUGAUUUAUGGGAAGAGAUUACGUUCAUUAAACCUCCGUGGACGUUGAUAGAUGUCUUGCAAUUAUUAGACAAGCAUUGGAUUGCAGUCUUUGGACAUAUUUUAAAGCGAGAUAAAAAGAAAAUCAUUGAGGAACUUCGACAAAAAUUUGACGACAGGAAAGGAACUGCCAGUUCCUUACAGUUUUGCUCUGAAAUGCUAAAAUUAGCAUUAGAGCUUUUUCAAUGUUUUUCCUAUCACUCCAAUUACGAUGAAGCAAUACCUAAAUGUCUUGCUGCGGUUACCGUCCUCGUCAAGAAAUGUCAACAAUAUGAAGCAAAUAUGUCAGGAAAUAGUGGAGAUCAAGCGAAAUGUCUCACAUAUUCCACUUUAUCCAAUAAUAUCACCGACGAUGCUUAUCGCGGGAGCUCCAAUACAACAAAUAACGAAGAAUUAUGUGGUGCUAGUACAAAGUCCACUCAUGACGAUGUAGUGAAUACAUUUAAUUUAAUAUGGAGUGCAGUUACACAAUUCAGUACUCAGAUAUUCAAUGCUCUUGGAUUUCCUAACACAAUCACUGAGGGUAUUCGUGAAAAUUACCCAGAAGCUUCAAAAGAAGAAGCUGUUUCUUUUUUGUACGUUUUGUGUCCGAAACUCAUCAAUUUGGUUGAAUGCAUUCAGAACAUUUUACGUGAUCCUUGGGAGAAAAUCUCCUUGAAUAAGAAUUUGUUCACGCAGUUGGAACAAGCAAUUUCGAUUUUUCUCAAAGAGAUAUUGUCUAGAGACAAUAAUUCUACUGCAGAAAAAAUUUACGCGUUCUGUGAAGAUGUUUCAAUGAGAAAGUCACUUGUUCAAGGGCUCGCCCAACUUGAUCAAGCUUCCACAAUGCUGCAAAAUUGUGUCACUUUCAUUUCUUGAUUUUGCUAUCAAAAUUUGAUGUAAAAAGGCCAAACGACACAAGUAUACUAUAUGGUGGUCUCUUUCUUUGUUUAUUGUUAUUGUUCAUUGACAGUUUGUGUUUCAAUUGUAAGUUAAUUAUACAUGUUUUUUUCGUUGUGGGUUUCACUUGUUAUCGACAAUAGGGUCAAGUAUGAAUUACUACAAAAUAUUUUUUCAAUAUGAAGUAGAAAAGACACAAGAAUAUGUGUGACAGUUUAUGUUUUUAUAAUAUACAAGAGUUAUUUAAUUUGUCUAUUUUUGUUAUUAAAAAGAUAUGACUGCCAAA